AUGGAAGACGAAUCUAUCCUCACCCAAAUCUCCCGCGCAAAAUGGUUCUUCUUCGACCUCGACGACACGCUCCACUCCUUCCGCCGCGCCUCCUCCCUGGCUACUACAUCAACACUCUCCCUGAUCCUGAUCCACCACACCCACCUUAAUCUCUCAGACCUGCAAACCUCAUACACCCGCAUCCUCGCCUCACGCACCAAAUCCGCCUUCGCAGACGGUAAAACAUCUCACGAGUACCGUGCCGAGCGCUUCCGCAUGCUCCUCGCAGAACACGGCGUGCAAGAUGAUGCACAGCUAAUGGAAGCGCUGCUGGAGUGCUAUGAGAAGACUCUGAUGCAGAAUCUUGAAGCAAAAGAGGGUGCGAUGGCGCUUCUGCACGCUAUUAAAGCGCGGGGGAAGAAGAUUGCGGUUGUGACUGAGGGCCCGCAAGAUGCGCAGGAACGCACGGUUGAGGCGUUGGGACUCGGGCGUUUUGUUGAUUAUCUCGCGACGACAAAUGCGCUUGGCGUAGCGAAAGUUGAUGGGAUGUUUGGGCGCGUGUUGGAGAAGGUGGGUGUGAGGGGGGAAGAUGUGGUUGUUGUGGGGGAUAGUUGGGAUCGCGACAUAGUGCCUGCAAGGAAGAUUGGGCUGACGUGUGUUUGGUUCAACUCGCAGAGCGAAAAAGAGAACAACGUAAGAGAAGAAGGAGUUAUUCACAUCCGAAGCCUGAAAGACUUGGAAGAUAUCAUAUAA